CGGGGACCAAGUUGGGAGUCCAAUCGAAUGCCGGACACGUUUCAUUAACCGUAUGAAAAAGAUGACAUAAUAUGGGUUACUCGUGCGAAAGUGCGCAUCUACAGUAUCGACCAGUACGAUCGGACCGCAACCAGCGUAGUUGGUCAACCGAGCCACUGCAGCUGGACACCAGAACAACCGGUGACAUCCGUCAACCACAAACCACAACCGCAACCAACCGCAGCAACCACUCACCGCCCAACCAUCCACCACUCUCCACUACUCACCCUUCCUGGGUGUCCGACAUUGCUGCCAGGAUUUCUCCACCGGAAAAUUUCUCCAACCGGUGCGAAACAGAACCGGUCCCGGAAAGGACACUGGCCACGCUCAAGAAACGGCGAAGAAGUCUAUCCCCCACCGAACCUUCUACGUUCGCCUCCAUUCCCCGGUGGCACAAUACCUCCUUCAGCCUGCUACGCCCGUCGGCCGUGUUUGACGGUUACUCGACGAUCGUGCUCGAAAAGCUAUCCCGCUUCAUCAGCCGCCAUGUAGCAGUGACCGGUGGUCGCACCCAUCAACAUGCCUCCCCACUCGUUUCCUUCGCUUCCUCACCCGCGUUCUCGUCCACAAACGCUAACAGUUCAAUGACGCGCGUCACACCGUCCAGCAAUAGCAGUAGCAGCAGUCCAGCGAUCGGAGGAGAAACCCGAGGGCACGAUGACGAUGAAUCCUGCCGCAGCGAGACGCAAACGGAAACGCUACGCCACGCGGAACCGACUCAAUUCCACGCCCGCAGCUCACAGCGGGACGGAGUGGGACCGGUCACUGGCCGGCCCGCCGUCAGUAGCCACCAUCUUGUAAGACAUUCACUUUGUUUAUACGCAGCCUCUAGUGUACUACUAGCGUUAUGUUAUCUAACGAUACCAACAGUUGCCUCAGACACAGCACACCCCAUAAGAGGAAGAGUUCGAUUCGCCGAAGGAAAGUCGGAUAAGGAAAUUUUAGAUCAUCUGUUAAAAAACUCUCGUUACGAUAAGCGUUUGCUACCACCAGUGGACGAUGCGGAUUUUUGCUGUGGCAUGCACACGCCGGAAAUGGCUAAACACAUACCGGAUAUGCGUGUUCCAGGACGACCCCAGAAUCGUGGUACAUUGACUGUGAACGUUAGCGUUUUACUAUUAAGCUUAGCGUCACCUGACGAAUCUAGUUUGAAAUACGAAGUGGAAUUUCUGCUGCAGCAGCAGUGGUUCGAUCCGCGGCUCCGAUACGCAAACCAGUCCCAGUACGAGUAUCUGAACGCGAUACAUCACCACGAGGAUAUCUGGUUACCGGAUACGUACUUCAUCAUGCACGGCGACUUUAAGGAUCCGAUCAUACCGAUGCACUUUGCGCUUCGGAUAUACCGCAAUGGAACUAUUAAUUAUCUAAUGAGGAGGCAUCUCAUACUGUCCUGCCAGGGACGGUUAAACAUUUUCCCGUUCGAUGAUCCGCUGUGUUCCUUUGCAUUAGAAAGCAUAUCGUACGAACAGUCGGCAAUAACGUACGUGUGGAAGAAUGACGAGGACACGCUCCGGAAGAGUCCUUCGCUGACGACGCUAAAUGCGUACUUGAUACAGAACCAAACCAUUGCCUGCCCCAUCAAAGCUAGCUGGAGAGCCGAAGGACAAACGUUGUCGGUAGAAGACGAAGAGUUUCUUUGUAAUUUAUGUCAGAGACGAUUUGAGGAGCAAGGAAAUUACAGUUGUCUGAAGGUGGAUUUAAUAUUUACAAGAGAUCGAGCGUUCUAUUUCACGACCGUCUUUAUACCGGGCAUCAUACUGGUGACCUCAUCGUUCAUCACCUUCUGGCUCGAAUGGAACGCCGUCCCAGCCCGCUCGAUGAUAGGUGUAACGACCAUGUUGAAUUUUUUCACCACCUCAAACGGUUUCCGCAGUACACUUCCGGUCGUAUCGAACCUGACGGCGAUGAAUGUGUGGGACGGAGUGUGCAUGUGCUUCAUCUACGCCUCGCUGCUGGAGUUCGUCUGCGUCAAUUAUGUCGGCCGGAAGCGACCGUUGCACAACGUUGUAUAUAGACCUGGAGAGAAUCCAGUUACUCAGCGUCUUCCAGCUGUCCUAAGCAGGAUCGGAAUAAUUCUCGCUAGUCCCCUGGAAACAAUUGACCGCGAGUUUCACACCGCCAUUGCCGCGGAGAAGACAACUCCCGGCACAGCCACUGCCGGCCCGGCCUCCGCUGCUACCGCCGCUACCACCGGUCGCCUAGCGCCUACGCAACCGCAUCGCAAUGUACAGCCAACAGCCACAGCAGCAGCAGCACCCGCAACAACCGCAGCCGCUUCUGGCCCAGCCGGUCAAGCCAGUGUGCUGCUGUGCGAGGAAGGACUUUCCACCGCGGACGGGUCAUCCACCGAGCCCGGUCUAACCCGCCGACGUCCCACGGUCGAGACGAAGCUUAACGAGGCCGGGCUGAUGGAAACGAGCUUUGGUGUCAAGAAGCGGGAAUCCGGCGGACCGAACGAGAUCGUCGCGUGUACCAGCUGUGCGGGCGGCACGAGCCCCUGCACACACUCGGCAAACAAUGGCUGUGCAACAGAGACGUGCUUCGUGCAAGUGCGCAAAAAGGAGCCGCCGCAUCCGAUACGCGUCGCGAAAACGAUCGACGUGAUCGCGCGCAUCACCUUCCCAUCGGCGUACGCGGUGUUUUUGAUAUUUUUCUUCAUUCACUACAAAGGAUUCUCCUAGAAUACGAUCCAAAAGUCACUCAUCCACAAGAUCUACACCAACAACCUGCUGUAACGGAGGG